ACAUUUGUGCCAUUUAAGAAAUACCCACCAAUUUUCUCCUCUCGGUUGCCUGACGAUACUUCUAAGCAAACCCUCGACGUCGACGUUGGAUUCGUCGGCGUCGGAAUCUUGGAUCGUCAAUCAUACACCACCUCCGUCACCAGGCAGCCACAGCACUCCGACAACCCGUCGUGCGCAGCACCUGUCGGGCCCGACGCUACCCAGCUACAGCCCUCUCCGACGCUGGCGGAAUCCACGUUGCCGGUCACGUCCUCUGAGAUGUUAAGCACUGCUUGUGAGAUUUCGUUCUAGUAUUCCCAAAAUGUCGCUUUCGAGGCUUGCAAGACGAAGCCAUCUCCUCUCUUUCUUUUCACCUUUCAAACCUCAUUACUUGGGAGCUCAACGUGGAUAUGUGCCAGAUUCCAUCAACAACGCAUGGUGCUUAAUUCCAAGAUGUAGACAUAGUAUCUGGUCGUGUAAAAGAUCUUCUCAGUUUCCUCUCGGUUCUCGUUGUUUUCAAAAAUCUGGUUCGGUUCUUGCACAGCGCCAAUAUGCUUCUCAAGCAUCCUCCCAAGAACAGAAAUCUCGAAGGAUGCUUAUGUACCUUACAGCUUUGGUUUUUGCAAUGGUGGGAGGUAGUUAUGCUGCUGUCCCAUUGUAUCGGAGAUUCUGUCAAGCUACUGGCUAUGGUGGUACCAUCCAACGCCGAGAGAGCGUUGAAGAGAAAAUUGCUCGCCAUGCUAAAGAUGGAACAGUUACCGAAAGGGAGAUUGCGGUGCAGUUUAAUGCUGAUGUGGCUGAUGGGAUGCCAUGGAAAUUUACUCCAACCCAAAGAGAGGUUAGAGUUAAGCCCGGAGAAAGUGCUCUUGCAUUUUACACAGCUGAAAAUCGAAGUUCGACACCAAUAACUGGUGUUUCUACCUAUAAUGUUACUCCCAUGAAGGCAGCAGUUUACUUCAAUAAGAUACAGUGUUUCUGCUUUGAGGAGCAACGCCUUCUCCCUGGAGAACAAAUUGACAUGCCUGUGUUCUUCUAUAUUGAUCCCGAAUUUGAAACGGAUUCGAGGAUGGAUGAUAUCAACAACAUUAUAUUAUCCUACACAUUUUUCAAGGUCUCCGAGGAUUGACUUGACGAGUAUCGUUGACGUUACAUUAUCUUCUGAGAUUAAAUCAUUUGUACAAGAGAGAAUGAGAUAUAGUUUUGAGAGCCAAAGGCAGAUAGAAGAGUGAGGCUCCUUGCAAAGAGCUUUUUGCUCGAGGCAUUUGAGGUAAUGAGCCUCUAGCCUGGGUGAGGUCCCAACUCUGAGGAGUUAAGGGUCAUAAAUUUUCAUUUUAUCCGAGUCGCUUCUCUUUUUGCUCGAUAAUGUUUUUCCUUUUUAUUACAUAGAUUCAUGUGCGAAAUCACGCACUCGGGCGACUACAAUAAUAUCCUCUCGUUUCAGGCCAUUCCAAAUUAAUUUCGGAGUUGGUGUACAUUUGGAUGUAGUUUCUUUUCCUUACUAGAUUUCUGCAGUUCCAUCGGAACUACUUGUCCAUCAAUGUUGGUAUCAGCAUGUCUUACAAGUCUAUUCUCUAGUGCUGUGUUGGGUUCAAGUAAUUACCGUGAUGAAUCUAUGUUGUGACCGUGUUGUUGGCAUCACGUGCUUUGUACACUGGAAUCGGGAUAGAGCUCUGGACUCGGUGGAAGCAAUCAACUGACAUGACGAGAAGCAGCUGAAGAUAUGAAAGCUCUCACUCUACCAUAUGGACAAAAGACGGUUCCUGAAGAGACAAAUCGAGCGAUUCAGCACUUUCCUCCUGCUGCCUACUCCAGCUCGUCUCCAGUCCACCUCCUGCCCGUGUUUGGCCGAUCGGCCCCUUGCUCAUGCUCAGCGAGCUCUUGGUUCCCGUCCAGUCACUCUCUCAGUAUCUCCCUCUCGCUACGUCUCUGUCUUUGACUCCCCCUCACCUCACUCGGUCUCAGUCUCUUCCAUGUCCUGCCCUCUGUCCAACUCUCGCCGGUCGGCUGCUGCUUUCGUACAUAUGUUUCUUUCAGCACAAGCUAUGGAGCAUUGUUGAAGCAGAGUGAUGCCAUUUGAGUAGCUUGAAAAAGAUGCAUCCUCCUUUGACGCUGCACCGCCACCCUAUGUGUGCUGAAAUGAUCGAGCAGUUCCAGAAGCAUCACCUCGACCAUCCUGUUGAGAAGUUCUUCGGUGGACAUACCAAACUCAAAAUCAAGCUCGAUCGAUAUUUCUGAGAGGAAAAAGCCUUGAAGAGAAAAUGGGUGAGUGGUGUAACAUUCACAUUCCUACAUUGCCCAUAGAAAAAUAACGAAGUUAAUAUUAAACCAUCAGAUUAAGGGUGUAUUAUUAAAUUAACAUAUUACCUCUAACCAUCCACUAACAUUUUCUUCCACA